GAAAUGCUCACCUAACGUUUUUGCCAACCGCCAUAAAAAAUUUCAAUAAAAACAAGAAGAGGUUCAUAAUAGAUGAUUUUAAUGUGAAACGUUUUAUUUUAUGAAAAAGAUUUAAAAAUAAAAACGGAAAUGAAAAGGUUUCACAUCAACCUGGACGAUUCUGCGUUCACUAAAGAAAGAAUACCGCCAAAGUCUCAGUUUCAGUCAAAACAAAACACAAGCUCUCCAUCAACGUCCACCACAGAGCCAAUUGCUAAAUGCUCUGUGCAGCCCCUCUCCUAUGCAGAGUACAUCGUCCAGAGUAAAGGUACAGCAGCUGCAGCUCCACAGAGAAAUGUUGCCCCCAAACAGCCCAUGGCAGGAGGAGCUGGGGUCUGCAGUCUGCAGCCAAAGGAGCCAGAAUCUGUAUCGUCCAGCACUGGGGGCUCUGAAAAGACCCAAGACUGUGAUAAAAGGACUGAAGUUCAACUCGAGGAGGGCAAAAAGAAUAAGGACAAACUAGAGCCAUCUGAGAGGAGCUGUCACAAGUCAGAUCCAAGCCUCAUCCAGGGUCCAAAACCAGUGGGCUCUGGGAGCAGCAUUAUUGUCAGUCCUCGACAGAGGGGUAAUCCCAUUCUAAAGUUUGUUAGGAGUGUCCCCUGGGAGUUUGGAGAAGUUGCGCCCGAUUACAUCCUGGGACAGACAACUUGUGCUCUUUUCCUUAGCCUGAGGUAUCACAACCUAAACCCGAACUAUAUCCAUGACCGUUUAAAGCAGCUUGGAAACGCAUUCACCUUACGAGUGUUGCUGGUUCAAGUAGAUGUGAAAGACCCUCAUCAUGCACUAAAGGAAUUAGCUCGCAUCUGUAUCAUGGCUGACUGCACUCUUAUCUUGGCUUGGAGUCCAGAAGAAGCAGGGCGUUACCUUGAAACAUACAAGUCAUAUGAGAAGAAGCCAGCAGACCUUCUGAAGGAGCAAGUAGAAAAAAACUAUCUUUCAAAGGUUACAGAUUGCCUGACAACUGUGAAAUCUGUAAACAAAACUGAUGCCAUAACCUUGCUAUCCACAUUCUCUUCGGUAAAAGGAAUCAUUGAUGCCUCUAAAGAAGACUUGGUUCUCUGUCCAGGCUUGGGACCACAAAAGGCAAGACGACUUUAUGACGUCCUCCAUAAGCCUUUUCUGAAGUCAAAGACUAGCAACAGCUGAGAUGUCAACUGACAAUGUGUUGCAGGAAAGAAUAGAAUACGAGUAGAAUAGAAUAGCCUCGUAAAUAAAGUUUGUGUUGCAUGAAUAAAAAACACAGUUUAAAGUACUUAUCUAUGAGCACAAAUGUUUUCUAAAGGUAUUGCGUUACUUUGAGAUUUCCCAUUGGGUUUGUGCACUACUGAAGCUGUGGAUCAUUUUAACUUGUACUGUCUGUAUUUUGGGGAUUUUUCUUUUUUUG